AUGGACCGACUGGUUCUGUGCGUGCUGCUCUGUGCAGCUCUGGUGAAAGGGUACAGCUGCCCCGGCCGCUGCAUUUGCCAGCACCUGUCCCCCACUCUAACUCUGCUCUGUGCUAAGACUGGCCUGUUGUUCGUGCCCCCCACCAUUGACCGCAAGACCGUCGAGCUGCGACUCACUGACAAUUUCAUCACCAUCAUCCGCAGGAAAGACUUUUUCAACAUGACUAGUUUGGUCCACCUCACCUUGUCCCGAAACACCAUCAGCCAGAUCACUCCCCAUGCCUUCUUCGGCCUGCGAUCCCUGCGAGCACUCCACAUGGAUGGAAACCGCCUCAGUGUGAUAAAGAGCGACCACUUUAAAGGCCUUAUCAACCUGCGGCACCUCAUCCUCGGAAACAACCAGAUCCACCAGGUGGCCCCCACCUCCUUUGAUGAGUUUGUUUCCACCAUAGAGGACUUGGAUCUUUCCAACAACAACCUGCGCAGCCUUCCCUGGGAAGCCAUAGCCAGAAUGACCAACAUCAACACACUCACACUGGACCACAACCUGAUUGACCACAUUGGAGCAGGCACUUUUACGCUGCUCACCAAGCUGGUCCGGCUGGACAUGACCUCAAACAGGCUGCAGAAGCUGCCACCAGACAGCCUGUUCCAGCACGCACAGGUCCUGUCUGAUGCCAAGGGCUCCAGCUCGUCCACUCUGGCUGUAAGCUUCGGUGGAAACCCUCUUCAUUGUAACUGUGAACUGCUGUGGCUCCGCAGGCUGACAAGAGAGGAUGAUCUGGAGACUUGUGCCUCACCAGAGCACCUCAUGGACAAAUACUUCUGGUCCAUCCAAGAGGAGGAGUUCAUUUGUGAGCCUCCGCUCAUCACCAAACAUCUUUCCACUAAGCCCUAUGUGAUGGAGGGGCAGGGUGUGACUCUUAAAUGCAAAGCUGUUGGUGAUCCAGACCCAGAUAUUCACUGGCGAUCACCAGACGGCAAGCUGGUGCAUAAUAAUUCCCGCACCAUCCUGUAUGAUAAUGGCACCCUUGAUAUUCUCAUCACUACGCUGAAGGACAGCGGAGCAUUUAAUUGUGUGGCGUCCAAUGCUGCAGGCAUUGCUACAGCUGCUGUUGAGAUCAACAUGAUCCCCUUACCCUUGUUUGUUAACAACACAGGCCACAUGCGUGAGGACCCCGGUCUCUCAGACAUCACCACCUCCUCCAAAUCUGGCAAUGACACAAAGGGCUAUGACAAGCAGGACAGGAGGGUGAUGGUCACGGAGCUGACCUCCUCGUCCGCUGUGAUCCGCUGGCCAUCUGAGCGCCAUAUCCCCGGCAUCAGGAUGUACCAGAUUCAGUACAACAGCACAGCAGAUGAUACUUUGGUGUACAGAAUGAUCCCAUCUACCAGUAAGAACUUCUUAAUCAAUGAUCUGGCCGCGGGGCGGGAGUAUGACCUUUGUGUGCUGGCGGUUUAUGACGACGGCAUCACAUCAUUAACAGCCACACGUGUGGUUGGCUGCGUACAGUUCCACACGGCCAGUGAGGUCAGCCAGUGCCGCUUCAUGCACAGUCAGUUCCUGGGAGGCACUAUGAUCAUCAUUAUCGGUGGUAUAAUUGUUGCUUCAGUGCUGGUGUUCAUCAUCAUCCUGAUGAUCCGUUACAAGACCUACAGCAGCCCAGAGGACAGCAAGACCAAGGUCAGCUCCAGCAUGCACUCACAGACCAACGGCAGCCAGCAGCGGCUCCAGCGCUCCACCUCCAAGCAGCCUUCUGACGAGGGCCAGCGCGAAGCCCAGGUGCCCAAAGAGUGCAUGGCGCUGGUGCUGAGAGUGGACAAUGAGAAGAAGGAGGAUCCAGCUGCCACUACUGCCAUCCUGGAGGUGGAGCUGCCUCCGCUGACUGUAGACAAGAUGAAGAGAAGAACCAGCCUGGAUGCACAGCGCUCUGGUCCCCCGUCUGAGGACACGCAGACAGACAGUAGCCUGACGGGCUCCACCAUGUCCCUGUGUCUCAUAGGUCCCAAUGCUGGCACCAAGGAGGCUCCCAGGCUCAAGGACAAGAAAAGUGCCCUGGCCAACAUGGGGUUGCUCCCUAAUGAGCUGGCACGAACUAGGCACAGAUUCUCUUUUGACGGUGGGGAUUACUCCAUAUUUCAGAGUCAUAGUUACCCACGCAGAGCGAGGACGAGGUGGCACAAGUCCACCAACCAGCUCAACGUGGAGUCAUCUCCGCUCGCCAACAGGAGAGUUACAUUCAGCAGCACCGAGUGGAUGCUUGAGAGCACAGUCUGAGGAAAACAGUGUAGCUGAAAAAAUGGCUCAGCCACACACAAACACACACAUGUAAAAACACAAAUAUGCCUACAUGCCAUAUAACGCACACUUUUCCUGCACACAGCAAACGAUAAACACAAGCACAUUUACUUACACAUGCAAACUUUCUGUGAGUUGCUGGAGAAGAACACAGUCUCCCUUCAUCCUGCCUCCCCAUUAUACUCCCAGAGAGGUUUGUUGGCCAUGUCCUUUCUUUAUGCAGCAGUGCCUUAUUCUAAAAAAAA